UCCCCGGCCCCCGGCCGCCGCACACAACUCCUCCCCUCCCCCGUGGUCGCCAUUCUUGUCUUCUCGAACCUUCUCGAACCCUAGGCGCCCCUCCUACUCCUCCACUCCGCCGCUCGUCGGACUCCGAGGAAGACCUUACCAACAUGGUGCCCGAGCCCGCAGACGAUCCGGUGCUCGCCUCUUGCAAGUACAAAUUGAACCACUUCAGAAUAAAGGAGCUAAAGGAUGUCCUGCAUCAGCUUGGACUUCCAAAGCAAGGAAAGAAGCAGGAACUAGUGGACAAAGUUAUAGCAGUAUUGUUCGAUCAGCAAGAUCGAGUCUCCAAAAUGAAUGAUUUACCAAAUAAAAAGGUAGUUGGAAGAGAAACAGUGGUGAAAAUAGUUGAGGACACUUUUAGAAAAAUGCAAGAUCCUACAAAUACUGUUGCAGCCUCAAGAAGCCAUAUUGAGUCGGGAUACAGUGCUAAGCCUAAAAAGAAAUCAGAUAAUUCUGCUGAGUUGGAUGUCAAGGUCCGUUGCCCUUGUGGUAACUUCAUGCCCAAAGAUUCUAUGAUUAAGUGUGUUGAUCCACAGUGCAAUGUAUGGCAGCAUGUUGCUUGUGUUGUUAUACCUGAGAAGCCUGCAGACAGUAUUUCUCCUGAAUUACCUCCCUGCUUUUAUUGUGAGAUGUGCCGAAUUAGCAGGGCUGAUCCUUUUUGGGUCACCGUUAACCAUCCAUUACUCCCUAUUUUAAUAGCCCCCUCGAGCAUAGCGGCAGACGGGUCAUAUACUGUACAGUAUACCGCGAGAGGCUUUCCGCUAUCAAGAGCUAAUAGAGAAAUACUGCAGAAAGCUGAAUAUGAUCUUCAGGUUUGGUGUAUCCUUCUGAAUGACAGAGUCUCGUUUAGGAUGCACUGGCCUUUACACUCUGAUAUGCAAAUUAAUGGUAAUCAUGUUAGGGUUAUCAACAGGAAACCCACACAUCAGUUAGGGGCCAAUGGUAGAGAUGAUGGUCCAGUAUUAACAGAUUACCUGAGAGAGGGACCUAACAAGAUUGCUCUAUCGAGAAAUGACUCUCGUACUUUCUGUUUGGGUAUCAGAAUUGCUAAGAGGAGAUCUCUAGAACAGGUCCUAAAUUUGGUGCCGAAGGAACAAGAUGGUGAGAAGUUUGAUGAUGCUCUUGCUCGUGUGCGUCGCUGUGUUGGUGGAACUGAGGCAAAUAAUGCAGACAGUGAUAGUGAUAUUGAAGUUGUGGCUGAUUCGGUCCCCAUAAAUCUUCGAUGCCCUAUGACUGCUUCAAGGAUCCGGAUAGCUGGUAGGUUCAAGCCUUGUGCUCACAUGGGUUGUUUUGAUCUGGAAGCUUUUAUUGAAAUUAAUCAACGUUCCCGGAAGUGGCAAUGCCCAAUUUGCCUGAAGAAUUACUCUCUGGAGAACAUAAUAAUUGAUCCUUAUUUUAAUCGCAUCACUUCUUUGAUCCAAAGCUACGGAGAAGAUACAUCUGAAAUUGAUGUCAAGCCUGAUGGUUCCUGGAAGGUUAGGGGCGGAGCUGAACUGAAAGACCUUGCACAGUGGCAUUUACCAGAUGGUACUCUCUGUGUGACCACAGAUACGAGAGCCAAACCCAACAUGGAUAUUGUAAAGCAAGAGAUUAAAGAAGAACCGUUGUCUGAAGAGCUGGGUUGUCGUCUUAAGUUGGGAAUUAGAAAAAACAGCAACGGCCAGUGGGAAAUUAGUAAGAGAGGGAAUACUGACUUGGUUCCAUCUUCUGAUAAUGAUCAUGCAAGACACUUUGAAAACAAAAACUGCACCACUCUCUCAAGUAAUAUUGAUGAUGCGGACACAGAAGAUGAAACUUAUAAUUCAGAACCAGGAGGAAAUGAUUAUCCUAUGAGCCAUGUCCAUGAUCUUGAUUCUUCUCCCACGGAUGAACAUGUUCCUCCAGAACCAAGAGAGCAGGAUAUAUUAGUUCUGAGUGACUCAGAUGAUGAUAUUGUCACGGUGUUAUCUCCUAGUGCUGUGAAUUGUGGCUCAGUACCUGACACUGGGAAUCCAUUUCCACCCAAACCACCUGAAACUUCAGGAGUGUGUGGCGAACAACAUGGUGGAUUCUCCAAUGAAACCUCAUGUCUUGCACUAAGUGAAGGUUUUGGUGAUCUGGGACUGUCAUUUUGGGAGUGUCCUCUGAGUCCUCAGGAUGAUCGUACUUACCAAAUGUUUGAUCCCAGCAUACAGGUGACAGAUAAUCUAGGUGAAGCACAAAACUACCCUGCCAAUUAUCAAUCUAAGCUUGAGCCAGUUUCUGGGGGUAAUUUGGGGGUACAAGCAGCAGCAGCAAACCCGCUGGAAGAUGGGCGUGAUGGCGCACUGCAAGCUUGUACGUCAAGUGAAAGAGAUGGUGAUGUUAGUUCGGCUAACCUGUGCGAUCAUACUCAAACAUGUCAUGAUGGCCAUUCUGACAACCGGACAUCUCUGAGCCUCAGUGGCAUCGAUGAAAGUUUAAUUAAUGGUGAAAAGAAAAGGAGGAACUCUGGAGAUGGAAUAACAGAUUUAGAUGCUUCAGUCCUCGCCAGCACGAAUGAAGAUGACCUGACUGGAGAGAUAUGCUGUGGUCCUUUCUCACCGCCGCAGCAGCAGCGUUCGGUUCGACCAAGAUUGGUACUAACUAUUGACUCGGAUUCUGAUUAGCAUAUCUACCUCUCGUUGGCUGAUCCCCAGUGUACAAUUUGAACCGGUCUCUGUGGAAUGAUCACUUGAGUUUUCUUUGUGGUCCGGGAGUGAUCGGCACAUCCUGUCUGACUUGGAGAAAGGACUUGAUGUUGGAGGAUGAAUGGAGUGCCAUGUAACAGAAUAGGUUUGCGAGCUGCCAGGCAGCGAGAAGCAGGUUGUUUUUUUGCCCCCUCUCAUUGGCCUUGGAGGUUAUGGGUUAGGUAGGUGCUAGAAUUUAGCGACAAGAACAAUAUAUAGAAGCUCAAUAGUGUAGAGAAUUUUUGUAGCAUGUCAGGAACUGAAGUGACAACAGUUGACGUAAAUAUGCGUUUUCCAUUCAUUAAUUAAAGAGAAUUUCCUGGUUUUCUUGUCCUCCCUUGGGCUUGAUAGAGAAAUGGAGAAUGUCCAGGGUUUCCCUUGUUUUUUUUAGGGAAAACAGUAGGGGAAAACUCUACUGUAGUGUAUAUAUAUUUAAAUAUAGAGAUCGAGCAGGCUGUACAGAUGGAGGAGCAGGGCUACAACUCCACUUAAAGCAAGAAAGAAGAAAAGGGAAGGACUCCAUGGGAUCAACUCUCUAGAAGUGGGAGAUUUGAUCCAUGGGUGGACUAAUGCGAUUAAGGACUCCUUGAAUCUGUUGGACUAAAGUGUUAAUUCAUCUAUGAAACCAGUCUUCCAUCCUUGUAGUGUUGGGUCUGAUGCGCCAAGCAACAAUGAUAAAGAUCUCCAUGAAAUAAGGCUGUUGCAACUCAAGAUUGGCUUUCUGAAGCAUUAGAAAGAACGACAAGUCUUGGUCCGAGCUGGUUCCAAUAGUGUUCCAACAUGUGGUGCUAAAGGAACAUUCAAAGAAGAGAUGAAAGGUUGUUUCCUCAGUGUCCGUGUUGCAAAGGACACAAAUAUAGUUGUUACCUCCAAUAUGAUAGCUUCUUUUUCUUAACAUAUUUCUAGAGUUUAGUCUGUCCAUAAAGAUAAGCUAUGUAAAGACCUUCAAUUUUUUAGAGCAAUUUGAUUUCUAAAUCCAACUGAAUGGGGUUGGCCGUGUAAUUGACUUGAAAGAAAUAGAGUAGAAUUUCCUUGAUGAAUAAGUUAUUGAUCCCCAACAGUACACCCAU